AUCCGCUAGAGCCGCUGUCUCUUCCUGUUAGCGAACGCAACACUUUCAUGUCACACCACAUUUCGCUGCCGACACUCUUUGAGAAAAACAUUUCCUCGGCCCCGUAGUGCGACGCAUUUCUCCUUCUUCGAGCAAACACAAACAUGGCAGACGUCAUUCAAAAGAAGCUAAAAGCGGAGGUAGAAAAAUACACGCAGAUGCAGAAAGAUGUUAGCAAGAGCAUGUCGGCUAGACAGAAGCUGGAGACGCAGCUUACGGAGAACAACAUUGUCAAAGAGGAGCUGGAUCUGCUGAUCAGCACAAACAUAGUUUAUAAACUUAUUGGGCCUGUAUUAGUGAAGCAAGAUCUGGACGAGGCCAAAGCCACGGUUGCAAAAAGGCUGGAUUAUAUCAACGGAGAAAUUCAAAGGUAUGAGACGCUCCUGAAAGACUUGGAAAAGAAAUCUGAUCAUCACCGAGAAAUCCUGUCCAGUCUACAGCAGGAGUAUCAGAAAGCUCAGGGCCUCGCUGGUGGCAAAGUCUGACCGAGAGAUGAAGCUGCAUUCUCACAAAUACACACAUACAAACACAUAGAAACAGUAGAAGGGAAUAGUCAUAAAACAAUGUAAUUCAGUUACGUGAGGUUCAGUAAAUUCUGCUUGUAUCCUGUCAUUAAUUUACAGUGUUAUUACUGUGACUUUUCUCUUGUUACUAAUUAAAUUGUUUUUCAUGAAAGGUCA